AAAGACGGCGUCAAAUGAUGGUCUACUGUCAGUACACAUUUCCUAUCCCACGUAACAGCAAUAUGGCUAGGAUGCAGAAGGUUUACUUUACCAAACCUGGUUGUUACCGCUACUAAGCCUAGUCACAAUACAGAUAGAUUAUGCAAAAUAAGCGUAUAACCUGCUUUUAAAAAUGUAGGCUAUUAGAUCAUUUUAUAAGGAAAUCCCAAACUGUUGUUAGUAAACUAACGAAAGAGUAUUGGCUGUUGUGCUUUUUUGCGGUGUAUCGUUCAAUAUCAUCAAGUUAACAAUGAAAGUGAUUUCCAGUGGAAUUGGUGGUAAAUCAGAGUGAUUCAAUUGGAUCUCAUGGGUGGCAAACAGCAGCCGAUGGAAACUGCAACCGGCUCGCGUUGCCAAGCGUCCAAAGUUGGCAUUUCCCAUUUUUUUCAUCAGUACUGCGGUCACGAUUUGAAAUGCUUGCAAUCAAUGGAAAAGUUCAUUGCACUGAUGUACCGUCCGGUGGAUGCUGCCGCUUUAGGAGUGGCGAGAAUGCUGUUCGGUUUGAUGAUGCUUAUUGAUAUACCAGAGGAACGCGGAGGAGGCGACUUGGAUUUUCGUUGGGGUGAUCCGAAAGGAUGCACAUUCCCACUGAUUCAUAGCAUGAAACAGUUAAGCCUCCCAAGGAUGGGUAUCGUCUAUUUGAUUAUGUGGUUUGGAGCAUUAGGGAUUACGCUUGGAUACCGCUUUCGUCUUACCGCUUCGAUGUUUGUGGCCAGCUAUUGGUAUGUGUUCUUGCUGGACAAGAGUGCCUGGAACAACCACAGCUAUUUGUACGGGUUGCUUGGUACAUUAUUCCUCUUCACCGAUGCUCACAGAUUUUUUUCACUGGACGCCUAUUGGAACAAAAAUUUACAGCCAGUGGUGCCGUUUUGGAAUUACUUUAUUUUGAAAUAUCAAUUUUUUAUCCUAUACUUUUUGGCUGGGCUUAAGAAAAUGUGUCCCGAAUGGCUUUCUGGAUACGCCAUGACUAAUUUAAGCUAUCAUUGGGUAUUUGCUCCCUUUCGAUUAAUCCUUGGUGCAAAACAUACUGACUUCCUAAUCGUGCACUGGUUCGGUUGCAUAUUCGAUACUUCGGUUGUAUUUUUCCUAAUUUACGCGCCAACGCGUAAACUUGCCACUUUGUUCGCUUGCGCUUUUCACCUCAUGAACUCUCGACUUUUUCACAUCGGAAUGUUUCCAUGGACCUGUCUAGCGCAGCUUCCUCUGUACUAUAGUUUCAGUUGGCCCAGAACAAUAUGGUCAAGUCAAAAUAGUUUAUCAAACUAUCUUAAAAAAUAUAACAACAUGCAAGAAAUUCAAAACGAAAAAUCAGUGGAGAAAAAAGGCAAGAAACAAAAAAUCGUUGCAAGUACAAUAUUGCUCUAUUGUGGGCUCCAGCUGUUUCUGCCAUAUUCACAUUUUAUAACGAAAGGUUACAAUAACUGGACCAACGGACUGUAUGGGUACUCGUGGGAUAUGAUGGUUCAUGCUUGGGAUACUGUUCUAAUAUCCAUCAGAGUUGUGGAUAACCUCAGAAAUCAAACAUUAUAUCUGCAGCCAUAUGCAUUUGUUGACAAUGAUCGGUGGACUAAACACGCAGACAUGGCAUAUCAAUUCGCUCACUGCAUCGAUCGCAAUGUGCGAGAAGAAUAUCAAAUCAAUCGAAGAUCAUAUUCAAAUUUCUCUAUCUACUAUGAUAUUUGGUGCAGCCUUAAUGGGCGCUUUUUACAGCGUAUUUUUAAUCCCGAAGUGAAUGUCUUAGAAGUAAAAUGGUCACCAUUCGAACCUGUCCAUUGGUUACUACCUCUUUUGCAUGAGCUGACCGAAAUGAGAGCCAUGAUUACCACUAUGUCAGAAGAUGUGUAUUCCUGGAACAACGACUCGGAUGUUUUAUUUGUGGCAGAUUUUCCAGGCUUUGUUUUACAUAACUAUAUCGUUCCUGAUAUGGACAAUGUCACGUUAACUGUGCUAAAUGGUAGCAUUGUGUAUACCUCCUCUAACAUAUCCGAAUCCGUAGUGCUAACUAAGGGACAAUCUUUGAAAGAUAUUCCACCGUAUUUCCAUCACGUAAAAACUGUCAGUCAAACUCCAUCUUCCAUGGUUUACACGUAUGUCAACAGGACUAAGCAGAAAUUAGCAAAAGAUGAUCUUUCCGGUACAUCACGAUCAACAGAAAUGUUACCUAUUUGGCAAGAGCUCACUCAUAGAUACGAAAAUUAUGUUAGAUUUUUUCAACAUGUUGGUAAUUCAUUAUUGUUUGAAAUUUAUGGGGUGCCAAUGCCGAGAAGAGUCAGAAUCACACCCGACGAAAGUAACUGGACGACUGAAUGAUAAAUAAACCAAUGUUACCAAGUAUAAAA